CCAAAAAACGCACAAACCAGCCCGCACCAUGAGCGGGUUCUCGCGGAUGAGCAGAUCCACAGAUGGCAUAAAUCACACAAAUGCUGCCUGAGCACCGAACCCACAGGCGGGGGAGGACGAUUACUGUGACGGCGCCGGACGGAUCUCCUGCAGGAGGAACGGGCUGAACAACAGAGAGGGGGAAAAAAAAUGCUCAAACUUUGGCUGCGUCGUGCGCAAGUGGCACCGCGCAAAGCGCCGUCCUGUACCCAGCUGAGGAGGAUGGCCAUGAACUGAGCGAAGGAUGCAUGUCGUUUGGGAUUUAUCUGUGUUUCUGCAAGCGUGUUUCAUCUGCACGUCAUCAGCUCAGCCGAUUACAUCCAAGCUUGAUGAAAGUUGGUGGGCGUAUAAGGACGUUGUCCAUGGAAGCUUUGUUCCAGUCCCAUCCUUCUGGGGUCUGGUCCACUCAGCCUGGAACCUGUGUGCCAUAGGAAAGAGGCAGUCGCCCAUCGACAUAGAGACCAGUCACAUGAUCUUUGACCCCUACCUGACCCCUUUGAGGCUCAACGCUGGAGGACGCAAGAUGGGUGGCACUAUGUACAACACGGGGAAGCAUGUGUCCCUGCGGCCAGAUAAAGCUCACCUCGUGAACAUCUCUGGCGGCCCGCUGGCUUACAGCUACAGACUGGAGGAAGUGCGCCUUCACUUUGGGAGCGAAGACUCUCAGGGUUCAGAGCACCUCUUGAAUGGACAGGGUUUUCCUGGAGAGGUCCAGCUGAUCCAUUAUAACCAGGAUUUGUAUGCUAACUACAGUGAGGCGGUUAGGAGCCCCCACGGCAUAGCUGUUGUCUCCAUCUUCAUAAAGCUCUCUGAAAACUCCAACAUCUUCCUGAACCGCAUGCUCAACAGAGAUACCAUCACCAGAAUCAACUACAAACAUGACGCAUUCUUAUUGAUGGGCCUGAACAUCGCAGAUCUUUACCCUGACACCACACGUUACAUCACCUAUGAGGGCUCCAUCACCAUCCCUCCCUGUUACGAGACCUCCACAUGGAUACUAAUCAACAAGCCCAUCUACGUGACACAGAUGCAGAUGCACUCCCUGCGCCUCCUCAGCCAGAACGAGCCGUACAAGAUUUUCCUGAGCAUGAGCGACAACACGCGGCCCACACAGCCUCUGCUGCAACGCUGCAUCCGAACCAACAUCAACUUCAACAAGCAAGGCCGGGACUGCCCCAAUAACCGCGCUGUCCGGCCACAGUACAGAGUGAACCAAUGGCUCCUGAAGUAGAGGAUAAAAAAGAUGUGAAACGGCAGCGCCACAGGAGCAGAGACCAAAUCUGUUCACGUCUAUUUCACACUGCCAAGCUGAACUAAAACUGAGAUAAACUGAGCAGAAUGGAACGUAAAAAGAGAUGUGCAUCACUGACGAGAUCUUAACUGCGACAAACUGAUCUCAGCUCAGCUCCACUGACUGAACUCAAAACAAUAUAUCACGAGCAGUACAGUUAUGGAUCACACUUUGAGUCCAAAGUGCCACACGGACCAUAAGGAUUUGUA